AUGGCUUCGCCGCCGAAGCCGUGGGAGAGAGCUGGCGCUGGAGGCACUUCGACCGGCGUGACCGCUGCUGCUACUGCCCCUACCACCACGGCCGCAUCCGCAUCGGCUUCUGAGCCUCCCGCCCUCCCUUCGCGCCCUAGUUCCCUCAGUAGCACCGUCAAUCAAAACGCCUCCAACUACUCAACCAUGAAUCGGCCCUACGGAUAUGGGGGCGGCUACGGGAGUAGCUACUCAUCGCCCUAUUCGAGCAUGGGAAGCAUGGGAGGCAUGGGGGGAUACGGCUACGGGAGCUCGAUGUACGGACGGUCCAUGUAUGGUGGUGGCAUGUAUGGUGGUGGAUAUGGCGGGUACGGAAUGGGCGGCGGCAUGUAUGGCGGGAUGGGAGGCAUGCCCGGCGAUCCGAACAACCCGCAGGGCUUGACGCAAUCAUUCAGCCAAAGCACUGCUGCCACUUUCCAGAUGCUGGAAAGCAUCGUCGGUGCGUUCGGCGGCUUCGCGCAGAUGCUGGAGAGCACGUACAUGGCGACGCACUCGUCAUUCUUCGCCAUGGUCUCCGUCGCCGAGCAGUUUGGAACCCUGCGUCAAACCCUUGGGUCCGUGCUCGGUAUCUUCACCCUGAUGCGGUGGAUUAGGACCGCUAUCGCCAAACUCACGGGACGGCCUCCUCCUGCAUCCUCGAAAGAAUUGACACCUGCGAACUUUCAUUCCUUCAACGGCCGCAUGCCUGAUGGCUCCCCUGCUCCUUCUCGCCCGUCAAAGAAGCCCUUUAUCAUGUUCAUGCUCACCGUUAUCGGCCUUCCGUACCUGAUGGGCAAACUCAUCCGCGCAAUGGCGCGAUCUCAAGAGGAGGAGGAGCGGCGCCGUCUGGAGGCCAUGCCUGCGGAUCAGCAGCAGCAGAUGGACCCAUCGAAGCUCGAAUUCUGCCGCGUCCUGUACGACUUCACACCCGAGGCCAACACCAACGCCGUGCAGGGAGUCGACUUGGCUGUCAAGAAAGGCGACCUUGUCGCCGUUCUCGGCAAGACGGACCCCAUGGGCAACGCCUCGGAGUGGUGGCGCUGCCGCUCCCGUGACGGACGCACGGGUUACCUGCCCAGUCCUUAUCUCGAAGUCAUUCAGCGGCGCCCGCAGGCGCAGAUUCAGAGUGCAAGCCAGGCGGGCAGCCCGGCUGGUAGCAGAGCGCAGACGAUGACAAGCAGCACCGGCAUCAGCAGAACCGGCACGAUGAAGGCCGAAGCGGAGAAGGUGCCGGUGAAGGCGCCGCCGCCAAUUCAGGGCAAGGCCGGCGACAUGGGUGUCGAGAGCUUCCAGAAGAAUAUGUUCCAAUCUUAG